GGGGACAGAGAGAGAGAGAGAGUGUAGUGUGAAAAGAUACAAACACAAGGACACCAGAUGUCAGCCUGACUGAUGAUCCUCAUACUAAUUCUCAUGUUUGGAUUUUGAAGAUAGCCUAUAGCAUAUGUAUGUACAGUCAGCUUAUAAGUUCGAUAUUAGCUUGGUGUUGAGGUACAUAUAUUGAUGGGUGGUUUAUUAAGCAUAAAUAGUUCUAGACAGUCAGAGGGUUUUCAGGUUUCGCAGAGUGAAUCUUGUAAGAGGCAAAAGACGUCAUCAAGCUUAUGGGAUGAUAAGCCGCGUUUGAUUCCCAGUCUCCCUGAUGAAAUAUCACUUGAGAUUCUUGCUAGGCUUCCAAGAAUGUGCUAUUUGAAUGUGAAGGGGGUGUCACGCAGCUGGAAAGCUGCAGUGGUGAGUCCUGAAAUUUAUAAGAUCAGGAAAGAACUCGGGACGACAGAGGAAUGGCUUUAUAUUUUGACCAAGAAUCAAGGAGAUAGACUUUUUUGGUACGCAUUGGACCCGAUUUCUAGAAAAUGGCAAAAAUUGCCACCUAUUCCUAAUGUGCUUUUGGAAGAUGAUUUUAGAAGAGGCUUAUCUGGUUCUAGAAUGUGGAACAUGGUGGGAUCAAGUAUCAGAAUUGCAGAUGCAGUCAGGGGAUGGCUGGGAAGGAGGGAUGGCUCAGAUCAAACCCCGUUUUGUGGUUGUGCUAUUGCAGCCAUUGAUGGCUGCCUGUACAUGCUGGGUGGUUUCUCUAAAGCCUCUGCCAUGAACCAUGUCUGGAAAUAUGACCCUGUUUCAAACUCUUGGAGUGAAGCAAAUCCCAUGGGUGUCGGUAGAGCUUAUUGUAAAACGGGCGUGUUAAACAAGAAGUUAUAUGUUGUUGGUGGUGUUAGUAGGGGUCGUGGUGGUUUGACACCACUCCAAUCUGCAGAGGUUUAUGAUCCCCAAACUGGGUUGUGGUCGGAAGUGCCUAGCAUGCCAUUUUCAAAAGCACAAGUGUUACCAACAGCCUUUCUUGCGGAUUUGCUUAAGCCAAUUGCAACUGGAUUGACAUCCUAUAGAGGAAAACUAUAUGUUCCUCAGAGUUUAUAUUGCUGGCCUUUUUUUGUUGAUGUUGGCGGUGAAGUUUAUGAUCCGGAAACGAAUUCAUGGGUAGAUAUGCCUACAGGCAUGGGUGAAGGUUGGCCUGCUAAGCAAGCCGGAACUAAAUUAAGUGUCCUUGUCGAUGGUGAUCUGUACGCAUUAGACCCCUCUAGCUCUUUGGAAAGUGCUAGAAUAAAGGUUUAUGAUUACCAGGUUGAUUCUUGGAAAGUGGUUGAAGGUGAUGUACCUAUUCGUGACUUCGCAGAGUCAGAGUCACCAUAUCUACUCGCAGGUUUACUCGGGAAGCUUCAUGUCAUCACUAAAGAUGCCAACCAUAAUAUUGCAGUAAUGCAGGCAGUUAAAGAAAAUGAUUCGGAGGUUGUUACUUCUGGAGCUGGAACAUCUGAAUCGAUAGUAACAUCUGAGCAUAAUAUUUGGACUGUGAUUGCUUCACGAGAUUCUGGUUCUGCCGAGCUUGUCAGCUGUCAAAAUCUUGAUAUAUAGCUGAUGUGUACUUGUAUCCCAUCCCAUGAUAGGCAUAUCUAUAUAAAACUUGAUGUUAGCAUUUACGUCCAUGUUCAUCUUCCUUUGGUGUGGCAUCAUCUUGUUUCAUGGCCUGCCAUAUCUAUAUGAUCUCUCGCACAUUUUCUGGUAAGUUCACUAUGUGAGUAAUGUUUUUUAAGUUUUCGAUAUGGUUAUCUUAUAUGUAUUUGAGAUGAUGUAAAUAGUAAAUACUUAUAUUCUGUCCAAGAAACUUUACAGACUAUAUUGCCAGCUUAUAUUUGUCAUCC